CCUUUGGCCGACCUCUGGCCACCAUGGUUCAACCCCAGACCGCAAGAGCUGAAACCCCAGCCUCUGCAGCUUCUACCAAUGACCAAAUGGAUGACGUCAUCGACACCCUGACCUCCCUGCGCCUCACCAACUCCGCGCUGAGGCGGGAGGCCUCGACCCUGCGUGCAGAGAAGGCCAACCUCACCAACAUGCUGGAGAGCGUGAUGGCGGAGCUGACCUUGUUACGCACCCGGGCUCGGAUUCCCGGGGCGCUGCAGAUCACCCCACCCAUCUCGGCCAUUACCUCCAAUGGGACCCGACCGAUGACAACGCCUCCAACUUCUCUGCCCGAGCCCUUUUCCGGAGACCCUGGCCAGCUGGCGGGGUUCUUGAUGCAGAUGGACAGAUUCAUGAUCUUCCAGGCCUCGCGCUUCCCCGGAGAGGCUGAGCGAGUGGCGUUCCUCGUGUCCCGGCUGACCGGGGAGGCGGAGAAGUGGGCGAUCCCCCACAUGCAACCCGACAGCCCCUUGCGAAACAACUAUCAGGGAUUCCUGGCCGAGUUGCGGAGAACCUACAAGUCUCCGCUGCGGCACGCCCGGCGCGCCCAGAUCAGAAAGACUUCGGCCUCGAAUCGAGCCGUGCGGGAACGGCAGUCGCUCUGCCGCCAGCUGGCUGCCACGGGCACGGUGCCCUGCCCUGUGCAUCCAGCCUCCAAUGGGACCAGUCCAGCCCCGGCCCUGCCCACCAGAGCUCGGAACCUUUAGGAAUCGGCCACCACCGUGGUCC